GUGAUAUUUUUUUUUUCUAAAUAAACUUUCCCAUGUCUCUCUCGAACCAGCAAGGGAGAAGAACUGAUUAAAAUGAAGGAGUGACUGCAGACCCACGAGUCACAUGACCAUGGAAUCAAAGAGAGAGAAAGAGAUAGAGGAAGAAAGGGAUAGCAAGAACGAAGUCAAAGGAGAAGAGAGGGAGUCUCAGAGGCAGAGAGAUAAGAAGGAAGAAAAGCGAGAGAGGGCCAAGGAGAGGAGGGAGAAGAGGCGCCAAGAGGUCUCUCUCCUCCGCACCAUUCCCUAUUCCGAUCACCAGAGGUGGUGGUCGGCAGAUACGAUUGCGGUAGUGACUGGUGCAAACAGAGGGAUUGGGUUUGAGAUUGCGCACCAACUUGCAGUGCAUGGCUUGACAGUUAUUCUGACAUCAAGAGAUGCUGCUGUUGGUGAAGAAGCAGCGAAGGUCUUACAAGAAGGAGGUUUGAAUGUGCUCUUCCAUCAGCUGGAUAUUGUGGGCCUUUCAUCAAUCAAAGUGUUCACUGAAUGGCUUCGACAAAACUAUGGUGGUGCAGAUAUCCUGGUAAACAAUGCAGGUGUUAACUUCAACCUUGGAGCUGACAAUUGUCUUGAGUUUGCUGAAGAUGUCAUUCACACCAACUAUUUUGGCACCAAAAACGUUAUUCAAGCUAUGAUCCCAUUAAUGAGGCCUUCUACUUCAGGCGCUCGCAUUGUCAAUGUUAGCUCGCGGUUGGGAAGACUUAACGGAAGGCGAAAUAGAAUUGGAGAUCUCACUCUAAGACACCAACUGGAAGAUGUGGACUCACUAUCAGAGGAACUAAUUGACGGGACCUUGACUACAUUUUUAGCACAAGUAAAAGAUGGAAGUUGGACAUCCGGCGGGUGGCCUCAAACAUAUACGGACUAUUCAAUGUCAAAACUUGCGGUUAACGCGUACACUAGGCUAAUGGCAAAGAUGCUUUCAGAUCAGCCAGAAGGGCGGAAGAUAUGCAUCAAUUGCUACUGCCCGGGCUGGGUGAAAACUGCAAUGACUGGUUGGGCGGGCCAUACUUCACCGGAAGAAGGGGCUGACACUGGAGUCUGGCUUGCACUGCUUCCGGAUCUGUUAGUGACUGGGAAAUUUUUUGCUGAGAGACGCGAGGUUAGUUUUUAGAAACAGUAGGCUAGAGGAUGGAGUUUCCGUUUCUGUUUCAUCUCCCCUUUUUCAGCAAACGGCUAAGAAGGAAUGAUGAGAAGUGGUGCGAAGAAAGUGAAAUUCUGAAAAAAGAAUUCCUUAUUUCUGUCUUUUCACUGUUGAAUUGUUGUGGCGGUAGAGCCUCGAAUGAAGAGUUAAGCUGCUUUCUGUGGCAAUAUUCCGCAUAGUCUUGGGUGCCCAACUCGGGAUAAUCAUUUUCAGGAUACUUUACCAGGAGUUCGUCGAGCCAAGAUGGGUCUACUCCUCUCUCCCAAUCUUCAGUUGUUUGUUCUUUAUGAUACUGCUCAAUGCGGCCGUUUUAGCGGAAGAGUAGCAUUUAGGUAUAUGUAUCAUUUUCCAAUGUAGUUUGUUCAGGUGGACAGUGCAAAGUUUUGAGGAACUAGGACAAGUAGGGCUGUUAAAUAAACCGAACUGUUCCAGUGUUGAACCCUGUUAUAAGCUCAUUUAAGAUCGAUCGUUUAAUAAACAAGUCAAAUUCGUA